UCCGCACCCUAAGGACUCCAGCCGCGGGGUCCACGUGGACCCUGGGCCGCGGCGGGACUGGAGCCAGUCCCCCGCGCGUGGGGGAGGGGGUGCUGCAACCCGGUUCCCCUUUUUCUGCAGCUCAGAGCCUGGGGAAGUGAUUGCUCAAAGGGGGGGCCGGAAGAACCCCCGUUUCCGCGUCUCCCGCCCCCCCCCCAGCCUGGUGGGGAGGGGCCGAGGCGGGACACCCUGUCCGCCCCCACCCCCAUCCCCUUGGAUCUGGCAGCCACUCACCCUGCAAGGCGCAGGGGAGGCGCUGCGCCCCCGACCCCAGCUGAUCGGGGGCUCCCGGCGCCGGCCUCCCUCCAGAACGCCGCAGGAGUACCUCCUGCCGUCCGAGUCGAGUCCCUGCUGCUGCAGUGCACGCCCCUUCGGCAGCCAGGGUGGGGCCCAGAGGGAACCUGGCACAUCCCGCCCCCACCUCGCCUUUGGGUCGAUGCACGUAGGGCCGCAGGAGGCAGACCAGCCCCCCUCGAUGUCCAGUCAUGACGCAGCCCCCCCGGCUGCCCCCAGCCGCAACCCCUGCUGCUUGUGCUGGUGCUGCUGUUGUGGCUGUUCCUGGGCUGAAGAGCGGCGGCGAGCGUGGCGGGUCUCCCGGGAGAACAAGCUGCAGCCUCUCCCCGGUUGCGAGGCAUGCGCCACGCCGAGCCCCGAGGAGGUGCGGAGCUGGGCGCAGUCGUUCGACAAGCUGAUGCACAGCCCCGCGGGCCGGAGCGUGUUCCGGGAGUUUCUGCGCACGGAGUACAGCGAGGAGAACAUGCUCUUCUGGCUGGCCUGUGAGGAGCUCAAGGCAGAGGCCAACCAGCACGUGGUGGACGAGAAGGCCAGGCUCAUCUAUGAGGACUACGUGUCCAUUCUGUCCCCCAAAGAGGUGAGCCUGGACUCGCGCGUGCGGGAAGGCAUCAACAAGAAGAUGCAGGAGCCGUCCGCACACACAUUCGAUGACGCCCAGCUGCAGAUCUACACGCUCAUGCACCGGGACUCCUACCCCCGCUUCCUCAGCUCCCCCACCUAUCGUGCCCUGCUGCUCCGGGGGAGCUCCCAGUCCUCCAGCGAGGCCUAGGCUGCUCACCUGCCCGCGGCGGCACAGACUUGGGACCCAUCCGGCAGGAAAGGACUCG